AGCGGCACUCCCUCGUGCUGAGCUGCUACGAAGCCCCUGCCGGCGAGCUCGUAGGAGCUUGGAACCGUUGUCACCCCUCCGGCUCUCACCAGGGGGGAAAAAUGGUUGAAGCAGAUCGCCCAGGAAAGCUUUUCAUUGGUGGCCUCAAUACAGAAACAAAUGAAAAAGCCCUUGAAGCAGUAUUUGGCAAAUAUGGACGAAUAGUGGAAGUUCUAUUGAUGAAAGAUCGUGAAACCAACAAAUCAAGAGGAUUUGCUUUUGUCACCUUUGAGAGCCCAGCAGAUGCUAAGGAUGCAGCCAGAGACAUGAAUGGAAAGUCUUUAGAUGGAAAAGCCAUCAAAGUAGAACAAGCCACUAAACCAUCAUUUGAAAGUGGUAGACGUGGACCACCGCCACCUCCAAGAAGCAGAGGCCCUCCAAGAGGUCUUAGAGGCAGAAGAGGAGGAAGUGGAGGAACCAGGGGACCUCCCUCACGUGGAGGGCACAUGGAUGAUGGUGGCUAUUCCAUGGAUUUUAACAUGAGUUCUUCCAGGGGACCACUUCCAGUAAAAAGAGGACCACCACCGCGAAGUGGUGGUCCUCCUCCUAAAAGAUCUCCCCCUUCAGGACCAGUUCGCAGCAGCAGUGGAAUGGGAGGAAGAGCUCCUGUGUCACGUGGAAGAGAUAGUUAUGGAGGCCCACCUCGAAGGGAACCCCUGCCCUCUCGUAGAGAUGUUUAUUUGUCCCCGAGAGAUGAUGGAUACUCCACUAAAGAGAGCUAUUCAAGCGGAGAUUACCCAAGUUCUCGUGAUACAAGAGAUUAUGCACCACUGCCGAGAGAUUAUACUUACCGUGAUUAUGGUCAUUCCAGUUCACGUGAUGACUACCUGUCAAGAGGCUAUAGUGAUAGAGAUGGUUAUGGUCGUGAUCGUGACUAUUCAGAUCAUCCAAGUGGAGGCUCCUACAGAGAUUCAUAUGAGAGUUAGGGUAACUCACGUAGUGCUCCACCUACACGAGGGCCCCCGCCAUCUUAUGGUGGAAGCAGUCGCUAUGAUGAUUACAGCAGCUCACGUGACGGAUAUGGUGGAAGUCGAGACAGUUACUCAAGCAGCCGAAGUGAUCUCUACUCAAGUGGUCGUGAUCGGUUUGGCAGACAAGAAAGAGGGCUUCCCCCUUCUAUGGAAAGGGGGUACCCUCCUCCACGUGAUUCCUACAGCAGUUCAAGCCACGGAGCACCAAGAGGUGGUGGCCGUGGAGGAAGCCAAUCUGAUAGAGGGGGAGGCAGAAGCAGAUAUUAAAAACAAACAAAACUUUGGACCAAAAUCCCUGUUUAAAGAAACAAACAAAAAAGUGGAACCUUUUCUGUCAUAACUACCCAAGGACUACUAAAAGGAAAAAUUGUGUUACCUUUUUUUAAAUGUCCUGUUUAAGUUCUCCUUCCAUAAUUUUUAUGUUCUUGUGAGGGAAAAAAAGUAAGACCUGUUUAAUCUUAUUUGACUUUAUGACAUUGCUUUCAAUAAGCAAAUGUUAAAUGUGUUAAGACUUGA